UCGUACGAUCGCAGUACGACCAUCCGGGGCUGAAACCUUUCACCAAGUACCAGUUCCAGGUCAAACUAGUCAACUACUACCAGGAACAGAUAGGACUGACACAAGACUUGCUGGAAAGCCCACGGUUGGGAUCACCGACGGUGUUCUCCACGGCCGCGGGAGCUCCCUCGACUCCGGAAAACGUAAGUGCCGUGGCGAUUAGCCCAACGGAAGCGGUGGUCCACUGGUCACCGCCCAUGGUCAAGAACAGUGAUCGCGUUUGGUACGAGAUCCACUGGCAGACGGAGAACAUCCACGACGGGCUGAAGAACCGCCAGCAGCAGACGUUUGUUGAUUUUGACGAAACACUAAACCACCUUUCGAUGAACCUGACGCGGCUGCAACCGAGCAAGGCGUACACGAUCUGGAUCCGGGCGUACUCAUCCAAUACGACGUUCAGCGAGAGCUACCAGGUGAACAUCGUUACGUUCCCGGAACCGGAGGAGAUCAUGCUUCAGUCCAUCUCGUCGACCGAACUGAGCGUCAAGUGGAGACCGCACGUGAACAUCUCGACGUACAAGCUGCAGUACUCCGCGAUGGGAAGCAAGGUUUGGGAAACGGUGUUCGAGACGGGCGUCAACGUCAGCAGUCCAGAGGACGACAUCUUCCAAGUGACCGGACUGCAACCCAAGACACAGUAUCGCUUUAUUGUGCUGCUGUUCUACCCGAACCGCCAGGAUCCGUACAUGUGGCCUUCGGACACCAAGUUUAUCUACGAAACCGAAGCCGACCGACCGAGCGCUCCAGGACGACCGAUCGUAACCCAGAUCCGGCAGGAGUUCUACCGGGUUAUCUGGGAGGCGGCAAAGGACAACGGAGCACCGAUCCAGGAGUACGCGCUGGAAGCACUGGUGCGAUCCCCAAGGAAUACGAACCGCGUGGAACGAUCAGCGGUGACGGCUGCCAGCAGUGCCGAGCUGGAGGACUACGGCGAAGAAGACAUGAACAACACGAUCCCGACGAGGGUGGACGUUUCGUCGACGGACAGCGAAGAGUACGAAACGUUCGACGAACACUGGGAGCAGGUGUACAACGGAACCGAAGUGUACUGGUUCAUCCCGGAGAAUCGACCUCUGCACAAGCACACCUUCCGGGUGCGGGCAAAGAACUCGUGCGGCUGGGGACCGUACAGCGGCGAAAGCGAACCCAUCAGCGCUCCUCUGAUCUCCGGACAAGCCAGCAGCUUCCUGAUCAUCGGAGUGAUCGCUGCUUCGAGCAUCCUGCUGCUGAUCUUCGUGCUGAUAUGCGUCUGUGCUUGCCGCGCUCGCGCAGAGAAAGAAAAGAACAAAUUUAUUGAUGCAACCAAUACUACUCGCAUUCCAGAUGUGGAGCUAGCGAACCUCCGCGAGCUGCCCCGCCGGGGCAAUUUCAUUCACAGCAACAACAUCCUGUACAGCUCCGGGCCACUCACGGACUCGGAGAUUGCGCUGCUGCCGCAGAUCCGGCGCGAUCAGAUCACCAUGACCAGAUUCCUGGGCUGCGGAGCGUUCGGUGAGGUGUACGAAGGCAUUGUCAAGGGAUUCGGUGCCGAAGCGGAGACUAGUGUUGCCAUUAAGACCCUUCGUAAGGGCGCUACCGAGCAGGAGAAGGCCGAGUUCCUGCAGGAAGCGCACCUGAUGAGCAACUUCAAGCACAAGCACAUCCUGAAGCUGAUCGGCAUCUGUCUGGAGUUCGACUCGCUGCUCAUCGUGAUGGAGCUGAUGCAGGGUGGUGACCUGCUGAGCUACCUCCGCUCGAACCGGCCAACGCCGGGUGUUCCAUCCUCGUUGACGCUGCUGGAUCUGAUCAGCAUGUGCGUGGACGUUGCGACGGGCUGUCGGUACCUGGAGGAGACGCACUUCGUGCACCGGGACUUGGCUUGCCGGAACUGUUUGGUUUCGUCGCCGGAUCCGAAGGAUCGCGUGGUGAAGAUCGGCGACUUUGGACUGGCGAGAGAUAUCUACAAGAACGAUUACUACCGGAAGGACGGUGAGGGAUUGCUUCCGGUGAGGUGGAUGUCUCCGGAAAGCUUGGUGGAUGGAGUGUACACUUCGCAGUCGGACAUCUGGGCGUUUGGAGUACUGCUAUGGGAGAUCAUGACGCUUGGGCAGCAGCCGUAUCCGGCGCGGAACAACGUUGAGGUUUUGCAUUAUGUCCGGGGUGGUGGUCGACUUGGUCGACCACAGGAUUGUCCGGAAGAGCUAUACCAACUAAUGCUUAAAUGUUGGAGCUACUCACCCGAGGAUCGACCAACGUUUCGGUACCUGCUGGAAGUGCUCAAGUCACUCAAGGAGCGCACCAGUGACUCUAUCCAGAUCACUUCCCAGUUCCCAUGCAAGGUGCAAAACGGUGCGAUCUUUAACCGAUCCUAUCUGCUUUCCGACAUCAAUCACAAUCCGUUCAUGGCAGAUAUCAAGUUCGGCAGCAGCGGAAGCGGAGGAGCCUUCAUCAUCACCCCGCCAACGUCUUCCAGCGGUUCCGGUGCGACGGUCAUGACCACGACGAUACCAAAGUAUCUGGAACUCGUCUACGACGAUAACCAUAGUUCCAACAGCAAGUGUUCCACCGGCGAAGACGUCCCGCUGACCACGGGCUUGACCGUGGCGCUACCAAACUGCCAGCAACCCAUGGGUGAGAUGACGGACAACGGGUACGAGAUCCCGAUCCACGACAUCAUCAUGCGGCAGCAGCAAUCCCUGGGAAGCUUCAAGGGUCGAACCUUCUCGAGCUCCUCGACGGUCAGCAACGUGAGUACGUUGCCUGCUUCUGCAGCCGGACUUCGGGAACCCAUCACCACCAACCCUCGGAUAGACGACUGUUCCAGUCUGGAGGCACUGCUCCCGAUCAACUCGAUCCUAACCGUACGGUUACCGGACGAGCCAGAGUCGCUGCCUGCGCAAGCACCGUCACCGACGGUUGACAGCGUCGCCGAGAACAAUAGUAUUAGUGGCAAAGAACAAUCGCAGCAGGUCAGCUUACCGGCAGAAGAGUGCAAAACGGUUAUGUAAGGCGAAAGCGAAGAAGGCUAGCAGGAAACAAAUACAAGUCGACACGUGAAGACAUUCCAAAGAAGCGACACGACACGCGCAGUAGGCGAUAGGUUUAGAUGCUCAAACUAGCGAUAAACAGCUAGAAACGUCACUUUGACAGUUAGAUAGUUUUUCCAAAUGACAUUUCAAAGUAAUUAAUUGUAAAUAGUUAGAUGCAGUCAGCUAGCAGUAAGCAAGAGGAAAACUCAGAAUAAGUUCCAAAUGUCAGUGUUCUCGUCGCAAA